AUGUCGACACCGACCAUCCAGUCCUUCAGCGCCGGGCGCGCAAAAUCAUACGUUUACAAGCUGCCUCUCUUCACCAGGCUUACCGUAUUCAUACUCGUGGCCACGUGGGCCGCAGGCGUGGUACUGGGGUCGAGAUGGGACAUCCAGGCGUGGGGGGCGCUGGUGCCGGAUGAGGUCGGAUUGACCAGCUUAUACCGGACCAACACGUACCCGCUGAUACACCUCAACUUCCUGCACAUGAUUAUGAACGUCUUCGCCCUGACGCCUCUCCUGGAGCGAUUCGAGAGCGAAUAUGGGACAUUGACAAGCUUGGCGCUCUUCUUUGGACCCUUCUCGACCCUCCCGGCAUUCCUCUACGUCCUCAUCGAAAAGGCGAUCCUGCACUCGAACAACGGCGUCAUGGGCGCGAGCGUGUGGUUCUUCCUGCUGCUGGGCGCGGAGGCGAUGCGCACGUACCGGACGAACCCGCACUUCACCAUCGCGACGUACAACAUCCCGACGUGGGCGACGCCGCUGAUCCUGGUCCUGAUCAUCGCGGCGCUCGUCCCCAGCACGAGCCUGCUGGGUCACGUGGCCGGGCUCGCCGUCGGCUACGUGUGCGGGCUGGGCUACCUCAAGUUCCUGUCGCCGCCCGAGAAGGCGCUGCGCUGGGUCGAGGCCCGCCUCAAGCUGCUGCAGAGGCUGCCGCGCUACGUGAGCGUCGACCAGAAGACGUACGGGCGCUUCGGCGUGCUGCCCACGGCCGGUGCGGGCGGCGGGGCGUCGCAGGGCGUGCCGUUGGGGGUUGUUGGUACCGGGGGUGCUGGGCAGAGGCUGGGCCCUUAG